AUGCACCAAACCGGAACACCGAAGACGAACAGUUUCCGCUGUAAAUGAAUGCGUGCAGGGUCUCAUUAUGUUGACGCACAUGUCACCAUCGUGUUUUUGUAAUAAAAAAUAAAAAAUCGUGACGAUGGAGUGUGUUAUUUUGGAUUCUUUAGGGCAACUUGGCUACGACGGCCCGCUGUCGGAGGAGAAGGCGCUGCUCAAAGCCUCAGAAGGAGGUCUUUCUUCGCCGGAGUUUGUGGAUCUCUGCAGGUGGUUGACGUCCAGAUUAAAACCUCUGUGUGAUCUAGAGGAGAGCAUUACCUCAGGACCAGAUGACCUCAGCAGCCUCCAGGUUGAGGUGAGCGGCUUACUGAGGGAGCUGCACUGUCCUCAUGAAGAAGCUGUUUCGGGGAUUCUUCAGGGCAGCACAGGAAAUAGAAAAGACCAUCUCAAGUUAGUCUUGUUUCUAAGCUCUGAGCUUCAGGCGGCUCAGAUCGUUGGGAGCAGGCGAGCUCAUGAAAAACACCAGGAGAGUUCGGUUUGUCAAGAGCUUUCAUCAAUAUGUGAAACACUGAAGCUACAAGAGCCCAGACAGCAGGAGGCUGCAGAGGUUUUCUCUCAAAUACAAAACAAGGUUGAGAAACUCCUUAAAGAUCUUCCCAACGCAUCCGCUGGAAAGCCGGUGUUGAAGAAAUCUCCCAGCAGUGAACAUUGGGAGAAGUUGCGCAACAUCAACAAAGUCCUGUCAUCAGAGUACGAGUGUCGCCGCAGGAUGCUGAUCAAACGUCUGGACGUCACCGUUCAGUCGUUCGGGUGGUCGGACCGAGCCAAGGUGAGAGUGGACAGUAUGGCGAGAGUCUACCAGCCUAAGAGACACAAUCUAAGGCCACAGUCCACGGUGGGCAUGGCAGACCUGCUGGCUGCCAGAGAGGACAUUUGCAACGUGGUGAAGACCAGCAGUGGCUCCAGCAGGGAGAAGACCGCGUGCGCCGUCAAUAAGGUUCUGAUGGGGAGAGUACCAGACCGAGGAGGACGUCCCUCUGAGAUAGAAGCUCCGCCUCCUGAGAUGCCGCCAUGGCAGAAACGACAGGACGGAGGAGGAGGGGGGUGGGGAGGACGAGGAGGAAGAGGAGGAGGUCACUGGGGAGGGGGAGGAAAUUGGAAAGAAGGUGGCUGGAACCAAGGAGGACAGAGUCGUCGUGGAGAUUACGGAGGACACGGAGGGAAGAAAGGGCGAUUUCAGUAUUAGCUCUUAUCAGGUUUUUAGCUUUGGUCAUUGACUGUUGAGUUUUUUAGUGUUUUUAUAUGGAAGAAAAUAUUCAUGCGAUCUCAAACUGACACUAGCCACAGUAGGAACUUCCGUCUACACUGCAAAAUCUGCUUCUUUUAUUCUCCUCAGUUUGUUUUGUAAACAGAAAUAUUCCAUUAAUUUAUUUUCUAUCUGAUAAACACAAAUGUUUUCGUGUAACAUUUGCAUUUUCCUCCUGAGUUUAAUUUUUUCAGUUUAAGAUUAGAACUCAAUUUGUUUUAAUUUGAUCUGAUUGUGGUCAUUUGCAAUUGAGCUUUGAUGGUUAACAGGGAAAUGUCUCGAAAAUUGGAAAGUAGUAAAACUCUUGAUGUUUUUAUGUAAA